CGCAGACCCUUUUCCGGAGGUUCUAUUUCUUCGUUAGGGGGUGGGGUCCCAGGGCCUGCCCCGGACCUGACCUCUGCCAGGUCGCCUUGCUCGUCGGGGCGAAGGGAGGAGCUAAGUUCUUCCAGCUUCCCGCUUCCUUCAGGGAUGGUAACAAUGGAAGUGAGAGAGGUGGGGCGGGGGAGAGGCCUGGAUUCUUGGGCCCGUUUGCCCUGUGGCCUAGGUCUCAGCUGCUCUCGCUUUUUAGGGGAUCGGGUGAGGUGAUCCCGGAGCUCCCGGGGUCAGAGGGGUGGGUAUCUGCAGCCAUCCCCGAGGCCGGGUCUGGAACUUCUUAGAUCGCUCUUCGCAGCUCCAAGUCUUACCAAAUCCAGGUCUGCGGGUUCCUGCUCCUCCAACUCUCCCCCUCUGCCCCCGCAAACCUGUGCUCCCGGAAAGGCGCAGCGCCCUUCGACCCAUUCGCUUUCUCUGGGGUUCCCGUCCCAGGCUCCCCAAGACUGAGCAAAGCACCUCCCUGCACAGUUGGUGAAGCGCUCCGAGGAGGGGCUGGCACGCCUUUACAGCGGCUAGGUGGGCGCUGGGGCCUCGACGGGGUAACAGGGAACCGGGCGCUCGGGGACGGAGCCGCACACCGGCUGGAACACGGCCCCGCGCCGGGCCCAGUGACACAUCAGGACUCCGUACUCCUUCCUGGUCUCCAUCGAAGGCUCCGCCGCCGGCAAAGGAGGCUGGCGUCCUUCGGGGAACCGGGACAGCCCCUGGGAGGGAGCGGAAAGCUGGGCCUGGGGCCAGGAGACCCUGCGCUCGGAAGAUGGGGGCCAGGAUGGCCCGCGUCUGAGAGCGGAAGACUCCGGCGGAGCGAAGCGAGGACUCGGGAACUGGCGGAUGCAGCACCGAAGCUUCCUCCUCCUCACCCUCCUCGCCCUGCUGGCGCUCACCUCCGCGGUGGCCAAAAAGAAAGACAAACUGAAGAAGGGCAGCCCGGGGAGCGAGUGCUCGGAGUGGACCUGGGGGCCCUGCACCCCCAGCAGCAAGGACUGUGGCGCGGGCUUCCGCGAAGGUACCUGCGGGGCCCAGACUCAGCGCGUCCGAUGCAGGGUGCCGUGCAACUGGAAGAAGGAGUUUGGAGCUGACUGCAAGUACAAGUUUGAGAACUGGGGGUCCUGUGACGGAGGCUCAGGCACCAAAGCACGCCAGGGCACCCUGAAGAAGGCGCGGUACAAUGCCCAGUGCCAGGAGACCAUCCGUGUGACCAAGCCCUGCACCCCCAAGACCAAAGCCAAGGCCAAAGGUCACCCAAGGGCCAAGAAAGGGAAGGGAAAGGACUAGCAGCCAGGCCUGAAUGCCAGAGAGCCCCUGGCCCAGGCCCCUCCUCCCACAGGCCCAAGAUGUAACCCACCAGUGCCUUUUGUUACUCAUCAGCUUUAUCAGCCCUGCCUCUUCCCUUUCCCUCCCCGCCCCCACUCCCCCAAGCGGGGAGGGACGAGGGAUUCUGGGCAGCUUGAGCCUUCCCCCAAGAGGAUUUGAUUCCCGUGCCCCCUUUGCUCUUCCCCACAAUGAUGCCAUUACUAAGAAACAAACUCUUUUUUUUUUUUCCCAAUAAAAGACUUUUUUUUUUUUUUAAUAUAUAAAAGCCCCUUCCUGGGGAGUUUGCUGUGGUAAUUUGUUGGGGAUGGGAGAGUGUGGGGCGAGAAGGCUGGAGAGAACAGUAGCUUUCUUGGGGACUUGGUGCUCCCCGGAGCUCAUGGAAAGAGCACACAGAAAAAGCAAAAUGGUUCUGAACAUUUCUCCCAGGGCCCUCUGCUGACCCAUGAAAGGGUGCCCGUCAAGUCCCCUGAGUCUUUCAGUCUUUGUUUCUCCCGGGGUGCACCAGGGCUGGGGGAGGGAGCCAACCCGGAAGACUCAACUAGAGCUGACACUCCUACCUCAGCCUCACCCAGGCAAAGUUCUUUUGGUUCUUCCAAUCAGGAAGGUUCUAUCAAUUAUGAGAGUAGAAAUGGGGUUGCUUGCAAACCUUACUACCCAUACCCCCACUGGCACUGAAGCGUGUGUGGGUCAAGUCCAUCCCUAUUCUCUCUGGUGACCCAGGCCUCCCUCGCAGUCUGCAGAGGCUAGCGGAGAACACUGCCCACCACAGCCCCACCUGCAUUAUGUGUGGCCUGGGAUAAGCCCUCCUUGGGGAGGUGGGAGGACUAGAAUCUGGCAGACCACUCCCGGCUCAGGCUGAGACCACAAGAUGCCAGACCCCAGUUCUGAGUGAGUCCCUGACCUCCCAGCUGGCCAAUUCUGAACUUGACCAGGGCCGUGCUGUGUGUGUG